AUGGGAAAAAAAUCGCAUAAAAAGGAGCACAAGAAAAAGAGCAACAAAAAAAAAAAAUAUGUAAGUUUUAGCAAUUGUAAUAUUGAUUUUAUCAAAUAUUCACUUAUUAUGUUGAUUUAUAGAUCGUCAUCAUCUAGCUCUAGUAGUUCAAUAUCAAGUGAUGAUCAAUGGAUCGAGAAAAAUAUUAAAAUUUCCUCGCCUAAACAGGCAUUUAUCAAACCAAAAGAAGAAUCUGAUAACUGGAUGGAUUUUGUAUGUAAUACAUCUACAGAAAUUGAAAAAAAAACUAUCUCAAAAAACAAGGAUAUAGAGGAUGCUAAAGCUAGAAUGGAAAAACCUGGACAAUCAGAACGAGAACUAAAUCCUUAUUGGAAAAAUGGAGGUAGUGGACUUCCGCCAAUUAAACCAUUAAGUCACCAUAAAGGUUUUCUCAAACCUAAAAUAGAUGAUGAUGAUGACUAUCAUUGUAACAGUCAACAACAUUCGAACAGUUCAAAAUCAAUUUAUGGUCGCCAAUCAUGGAAAAAACAUGACCGAAGAGAUGAUGGUAAAUAUAGUAACGAAAAACGAGAUAAUGAAGAAAGAUAUAGACAACAUAGAGAAUAUGAUCAAAAAACAGUAGUAAGAGAAAAGCAUCAUAGAGAACAUAGCAAUGAAAAAAAAGAAGAUAAAAACAAGCAUUAUAAAGAACAUUUUAAUGAUAGAAGUGAAGUUGAAAGAAAUAAAUACUUCAAAGAUUAUGGAAACAAAAAAAAAGAAGUAAAAGAUAAACAAUUUAAAGAACAUGACUAUAAAAGAGAAAGUAAAAGUAAACAUUAUAAAGACUCUGACAAUGAAGAAACUAAUGAAAUUGUUCACAAAAAAUAUAAAAUAGAAGAGCCUAAUGAGCAUAUAGAAAAAAAAAUAAACACAGAAUGUAUUGAUACUCCUUUAACUGAUUCUGAAUUAAAUGCUCUUGCAGCUAAACAAAUUAAAGCUGAACUGUUAGGAAAUACUAAAUUGGCUGAAGAACUUAAACAAAAGCUUGAUUUAGCCAGAAGUAUUUCAUUAAAAAAUAAUGUAAUAAAUAAAAUAAAACAAAAAGAAGAAUUUGUAUUGCUAACCAGAACUUCAUCUAAGGGUUUUAGUUAUCCUGUUAAACAAGCUCAUGGUGAUAAAAAUGAUGGUAGGAAGAAAAAACGAGAAAAAGUAUUAACACAUGAGGAUGGUAAAAGAGUAAGAUACUUUGAUGAUGAUGACAAAUAUUCGUUGAAAUCAAUGUUUGAAAAAGAAAUGACUAGUACAGCCGAAGAUAGUAAUAUGGAGUUUGUAAAAUUGUCAAGAAAAGUGAAUUCUAGAGAUGAUGAAGAUGAUGUAUUUGUAGAACGUGCAUCAGAAAAACGAUCUGCCAAAGUUUCUGAGAAAGAAAUUAAACGUGCAAUUGAUGAACAUAAACGUACAGAAAAAAUUUUGAACUCAUGUCGUUACUGCUUUGAUAGUGAAGAAAUGUUAAAACAUUUAUUCAUUGCUAAAGGAGAAAAGUGUUAUCUGUGCUUACCAUCAUACAAAUCUUUAACUGAAGGACAUUGUUUAAUUGUACCUAUAUACCACUAUGCGUGUGCAACUGAUAUUGAUGAAGAUGUUUGGACCGAAAUGCAGGUAUUUCGAAAAGUAUUAACGUCUAUGUUUAAAGAGCAAGAUGAAGAUGUAGUAUUCUUCGAAAGUGCAAUGCGUCUACAUAAUAUGCCUCACAUGGUUUGGAACUGUGUACCUGUACCUAUUGAAAUUGGUGAUACUGCUCCUAUAUAUUUUAAAAAAGCUAUCUUGGAAUGCGAAACUGAAUGGGCGAUAAAUAAAAAGGUUGUAGACUUAAGCAGUAAAGAUAUACGUAGAGCAGUUCCCAAAGGUUUACCUUAUUUCGCUGUUGAUUUUGGUAUGCAAGGUGGAUAUGCUCAUGUUAUUGAAGACGAAAAAAUGUUCCCAAAUAACUUUGCAGAGGAAAUUAUUGGUGGUAUGAUGGAUUUGGAUCACAAUACAUGGCGAAAAAGGCAAAAAGAACCAAUCGAAGAACAAUUGCAAAAAACUACAAAAUUUCUAGAAAUGUGGAAAGAUUAUGAUUUUACAAAAAAAUAAUAUUUUUCACUGUCAUUAGAAGAGAUAGAACAAUAAUUCACAAUUAAUAAAACUAGGGGUUUUCUUCCUUAGAAAACAAAUUUAAUUUAUUUCAAAA